CAGGUUUCCGGCUGCACCAGCGACCUGACGUCGGCGCCAAAGACCCAUCAGCGCUUCCGCUUGUGCAAUUUGCACAUAAAGGCUCCAGUUAUAUUGGUCGAUGGAGUGGCUUCGCGAUUUUGCCAACAGUGCAGCAGGUUCCACCCGCUGAAGGAGUUCCAUGGCUCUAAUCGGUGCGUGUGA